AACCCUAAUCCUAAUCCGUUUUCUAUUUCUCCCUCACAACAGUUCAUCCUCUCUUCUAGGGUUUCUUUCUCUCCAAAAUUUUCACCCUCAAUCUCGCAAGCUUCUUCACGUUCCCAGAGCAUCAUCUUUUCAAAUCGCAAUGACGCCUCCGGCGAAGCCAAUGCGACCACAACAUGAAGGCAGCGGCAGAUACUCGGAGGAUUCUUCGACUCCUUCCAACAACCUAUAUGUUGCGAAUCUAUCGCCGGACGUAACAGAUUCCGAUCUGAUGGAUCUGUUCGUUCAGUACGGUGCUCUCGAUAGCGUCACAUCUUAUUCCGCUCGCAAUUACGCUUUCGUGUUCUUCAAACGCAUUGAUGAUGCAAAAGCUGCUAAAAACGCUCUUCAGGGAUUCAAUUUUCGUGGCAAUUCCUUGAGAAUUGAGUUUGCUAGACCGGCAAAGACAUGCAAACAGCUUUGGGUAGGUGGCAUUAGCCCAGCUGUUACAAAGGAAGACUUGGAAGCUGACUUCCGUAAAUUUGGUAAAGUUGAGGAUUUCAAGUUCUUCAGAGACAGAAAUACUGCAUGUGUUGAAUUUUUCAAUUUAGAUGAUGCUAUUCAGGCAAUGAAAAUUAUGAAUGGGAAACAUAUCGGUGGGGAAAAUAUCCGUGUUGACUUCCUCCGAUCAAAUUAUGCAAAAAGAGAUCAAGGGCUUGAUUAUGGGCAAUUUCAAGGCAAAAGCUUUGGGCCUUCUGAUUCUUAUUCUGGACAUAAAAGGCCACUACAGAAUUCACAACCUCUAAUGAGGAGAAAGGGUGACGGUCAACCCAAUAAUAUUUUGUGGAUCGGUUAUCCUCCCAAUGUUCAGAUCGAUGAGCAAAUGCUCCACAAUGCCAUGAUCCUAUUUGGUGAAAUUGAGAGAAUCAAGAGUGUUCCUUCAAGAAAUUUUUCAUUUGUUGAAUUUAGAAGUGUUGAUGAAGCCCGGCGUGCAAAAGAGGGUCUUCAAGGGCGCCUUUUCAAUGAUCCUCACAUAACAAUUAAUUAUUCUAAUGCUGACCAGGUACAAGGCAAAGACUACCCUGGCUUUUAUCCUGGAAGUAAUGGGCCAAGACCUGAUUUAUUCCUAAAUGAGCAUCCAUAUCGACCUGCACAAAUGGAUUUAUUUGGUCAUAAUCGUCCUAUGAUUCCGAAUAGUUUUCCUGGACAAUUGCCAAGUGGUGGUAAUGUUGGUCCAAACAUACCAAUGCGGCCUUUUGGUCCUAAUGGUGGUCCUGAAUCUGUUGUUUCUGGCCCUGAGUUUAACGAGAAUAGUACACUACACAAGGGUCCAAACUGGAAACGGCCAUCUCCUCCUGCACAAGGGUUGCUUUCUUCUCCUGUACCGGGUGCUAGGCUUCCUGCAAGAUCAUCCUCUGGUGCAUGGGAUGUACUUGACAUAAAUCAUAUUCCAAGAGAUUCUAAGCGGUCAAGGAUAGAUGGUGCAUUACCUAAUGAUGAUCCUUAUGCAGGGAGGGGUAUCCUUGGUUCAGCAAGCACGAGGAUUACAGGUGGAGUACAUGCUGUCCAACCUGAUCAUAUAUGGCGCGGACUUAUUGCAAAAGGAGGAACUCCUGUUUGUCGUGCUAGAUGCAUCCCUGUAGGGAAAGGGAUCGGGACAGAGCUUCCUGAAGUUGUGGAUUGCUCAGCUAGGACGGGAUUGGAUACACUCGCAGCACACUAUGCUGAUGCAAUUGACUUUGAGAUUGUUUUCUUUCUGCCUGAUAGUGAAAAUGAUUUUGGUUCAUACACUGAAUUCCUACGCUACCUUGGUGCAAAAAAUCGUGCUGGUGUUGCCAAAUUUGAGAAUACAACUUUAUUCUUGGUGCCUCCUUCAGAUUUCCUGACGGAUGUUCUGAAAGUCACCGGACCGGAACGUCUAUAUGGUGUCGUUCUCAAGUUUGCACCAGUACAAAGUGGUGUGCCCGUGCACCAAUCAUCACAUUUGCCUGUACCGUCAAAUCAAUAUAUGCAGCAGAUGCCUCCUUCACAGGCUGAAUAUGAUAUGAAUCCUGCAAAAGAGGAACAAGUUUUAGCAAUGAAUUACAACCGAAUGUUGCACGAGGAUUCUAAGCUUCCUGCUAAACAAGUAUACCCACCUACAGGUGGGCCUUCUUCAGUUCAGCCUGCAGCUUCGGACUAUGCUCUAAACACUGCUGCUUCUGGGUCUCAAGCUGGAGUUGCAUUAACACCUGAGCUUAUUGCAACUUUAGCUUCUUUUCUGCCCACAAAUGUGCAGUCACCUGCUAUUGAUGGUGCUAAGUCAGGAGCAGGCUCCUCAACUGUGAAGCCUCCAUUUCCUCCUGUGGCACCUAAUGAUGGAAACCAAUCUCAAAUAUGGAAACAGGAUCAUCAAAUUGCGGAUCAAUCCAUUCAUCCAUCUCAGCAGUUUAGGAAUAUGUAUAACAGUCAUAAUGCUCAUCAUCAGCCUUACCCGCCAGCAUCAGCUCCUGGCCACACUGCUCAAGCGUUCUCUGGCAGUUCUCAUAUUCAAGACAAUGCUGUUAACCAGCAACAGCAAGGAGUUGUUUCAUCUAGACUCGUGUCUAAUUUUGUGACACCUACUCAAAGUGGACAGGUAGCUGCAUCCCCCCAUUUCAGUCAUCAGUAUCAGGCUGAAGUUCCCCCCAAUACUCAGAAAGGCUUUCCAGGAAGUGAUGUCUCUGUUUUAUACAAUUCUCAGGCUUUCCAGCAACCUAAUAAUAACCACCAUCCUUUCCAGCAACCUAAUAAUAACCCCCAGCAUUUCCAGCAAUCUAAUAAUAACCCCCAACCUUUCCAGCAACCCAAUAAUUCUAUUGCCUUAUCUAGUCAAGUUAACAGUGCUAAUCCUCAGCAUCAGCCUGUCAUGCAAUAUACUGCAGACCAAGUAAACUCAAACCCUCCCAUCCAACAACAUCCUGCCUUUGGAGUUGGUCAAGGCCCCCCAGAAUUGGAGGCUGAUAAGAACCAGAGAUACCAGUCAACAUUGCAGUUUGCUGCCAAUCUUCUACUCCAAAUACAGCAGCAGCAAACACAAGGAGCACAUGGGCCAGGAGUUCAACAAUAAGAAUUGUUUUCUGUUUGCAAAAAAUCAUCAUCAUAUCCUAAAGUUAUCGUUAAUUUUGACUCUCAAAUGGACGCGUAGGCAAUGUGUGUGGUUAGAGAGACGCAUGAAAAGCUAGCGACAGAGGUGACGAUGAUUUGACGAAUUCAGCAAGGAUUUCUUUAAAUUAUUCUCAUAUUAGGAUCUUUUAGUCUUUUUCUUCUUAACAUUUGUUUUAUCUACAAGCUAUAAAAUUGUAAGGUUUUUUGACUCAAUUGCAAGGUUGGAUUAUGAUUUUUGUUUCUGUUCGAUAUACGCGUUGUAUUUUUUCCAUCUCAAACUUGUACCGACGUGUCA